AUGAUUUAUCUUAUUUAUCUUUUUUCUCUUAUAUCAAUUGUUAAAACAUCUGAUUAUUCUUUAAUAAUCGAUGAAAAAACUUCGAUUGAUCAACCCAUAUUUCAUUUUCCUUAUUCAUAUGAAUUAAUAAAUAAUUUUCAAUCAAAUUUUAAUCUAACAAAUAAUAAUCAAAAUUUAAUCUUAACUAAAAUUAUUGAUCGUGAUUAUUGGUGUUCACAAAAUAUAUGUUCAUGUGAUUAUUGUUCGUUUAUUCUUGAAUUAUUUUCUAUACAUAAUCAAAUACCAAAAUUUUCAACAAUUAAUAUUACAAUCAAUGAUAUUAAUGAUCAUACAUGUCAAUUUUUUGAUUUACAAACAAAUAUAUCAUUAUCAGAAUCCAUUCAAAUUGAACAUCGUUUUCCAAUAGCACGUGCAAUUGAUUAUGAUUCGGGAUUAAAUGGAAAAUUAUCAUUUAAACUUCUUAAUAAUGAUAAUAUUUUUCAAUUAGAUAUUAUAACAUUAUCAAUGAAUGAAUAUGCUAUAUAUGGAAUUGUUAAACAUUCACUUGAUAGAGAAAUAACAGAAACAUAUGAUUUAAUUAUUGAAGCACGUGAUCAUGGAAUUCCACAACCAAGAAUGAACCGAACAAUGGUUAGAAUUACUAUAUUAGAUGAAAAUGAUAAUGCACCGAAAUUUAAUCAAACUGAAUAUUCAAUUGAAUCUCUACCAGAAAAUACACCUAUCGGUACGAAAUUAUUAACAAUAUUCGCCAGUGAUCCUGAUAAAGAUUUAAAUGGUUUAGUACAUUAUUCAAUAGUAAAUCCACCAAAUCCAUCAUCAUUUCCAUUUAUAAUUAAUUCUAAAACUGGCGUUAUCAGUCUUCGUUCAUCAUUAGAUUAUGAAACAACACAUUUAUAUCGUUUUUUAAUUCGUGCAUCUGAUUCUGGUGUACCCCAAUCAUUAUUUACUGAUACAUGGUUAUCAAUUUCCAUUCAAGAUAUUAAUGAUUGUCCUGUUGAAAUACUUUUUGUACCAAAUCGAAAUUUUCAAUAUAAUAAUCAAACAUUAUUUAUUAAAGAAAAUACUGAAAUUAAUAAUUUAACAUUAGGUUAUAUACGUUUAUUUGAUCGUGAUUCUAUUCAAACAAAUUUAUCCAUAUCAUUAAUAAUAUUAAAUAAUAAUCAACCAAAACAAGAUUAUGAAAUAAUUUUAUCCAAUCAAUUAAAUUCUUAUAUACUUAUUGUUAAACAUGGAAUAUUUGAUAGAGAAAUUGAAGAAGAAAUUAAUCUACGAUUUAUCGCAACUGAUAGUUUAUUAACGUCGAUUUAUGAUUUAAAAAUACAUUUAAUUGAUGUUAAUGAUAAUCCAAGUGAGUUUUUAACGAAUCCAAUAAUAUUUUAUGUUGAAGAAUUAGCAAAUUAUCAUAUGAUUGAAAAUCCUAUUGAAGAUUAUGAAUUAACAAUUGGAUAUUUAAAUGCAAUUGAUCGUGAUCAAGGAGUGAAUGCAUUAAAUACAUAUGAAUUAGAAUUAAAUCCUUUAGUUAAAAUUGAUUCGAAUAAUGGACGAAUUUAUUUAAUUCAACCAUUAGAUCGUGAACAAAUUCAAAAAAUUGAAUUAAAAGCGAAAGCAAUUAAUGUUGCUCCACCAAAAUGGGUAACAGAAGUUCAAAUACAGAUAUUCGUUUUGGAUGUAAAUGAUAAUAUACCUCAAUGUUCAUCAUCCUAUUAUCGUUUAUCAAUUCCCGAAAAUAUUUCAAUUGAUAAACCAAUAAUAAAAAUAAAUGCGAGUGAUCCUGAUCAAGGUAUAAAUGGUACGAUAAAUUAUAAAUUUCGAACAAAUUCUACAUGGCCAUUUAAUAUCAAUGAAAAAACUGGUGAAAUAUAUUCAAAAAAAUCGUUUGAUUAUGAAUCGGAUUGGAAAUCAUUUCUAUUAACAAUUGAUCUUGAAGAUAAUGGAAUACCAAUAAAAAAUGUCAAUAAAAAUUCUUGUCAAUUGGAAAUAUUUCUUGAAGAUAUUAAUGAUAAUCGUCCGGAAUUAAUUGAUAAUAAUCAAACGAAAUUAUUUUUUGAUAUACAAAAAUCAUUUAAAAAUCAAUUUAUUCAAUUAAAUAUAACUGAUAAAGAUUCUGGUUUGAAUGGAAAAAUUAAAUAUAAUAUUCAAUCAAUUGAUUCAAAUAUUCCAUUAAAUUUCAAUCAAACAUUAUUUGAAUUAAAUCAAAAUGGUAGUUUAUAUUUAACAUCAGAUAUUCAUCAAAUAUGUUUAUUUACAUUAAAAAUUUUACUUGAAGAUUAUGGUUACCCAUCUCAACAUAAUUUAAUUCAAAUAAAUAUUGCAUUUGGUGAUUCAUUAAAUUCGUAUUAUUCAUCAUUUGAUAAAAUUCAAUUAUAUUUUGAUAAAAAAUCUUCUCAUACAAAUUAUUUUGCUUUUAUAUUUGCGAUUAUUAUUUUAACAAUAACAUUUAUAUUCUUAAUAUCAAUUAUUAUUAUAUGUAUAUUAAUACGGCAACAUCGGCAAAGACAUAAAGCUGCAAUCGUAUCACGAAAUAAACUUUUAUGUUCAUCAUCACAACAAUUAACAACAUCAAAUUCAACAGUUACAACAUCAUCAUCUAUUGAACAUCAACAAAUUAUUCGAACAUCAUAUUGGAAUGAAAAAUCUUUUAUUGAUCAACAUUUGGUAAAUAAUUCUUCACCUGAAUCUCAUACAUAUAAGAUUCUUCAUAUACCAAUUGAUAGUCAAUGUUAUGAAAAAGAAAAAAUUGAUGAUAUUAGUUGUGAUCAUGGUUAUCAUGAAAGUUAUCAAACAGGUUCAUCAUCACCAGAACAAUGUUUAUCUGAUGUAUCCAUUCAUCAAGAUUAUAUGUUUAAACAAUUACCAUUUUUUGUAACAAAAUGUAAAACUCUUGGUGACGGGUUUAUGGUUGAAAUGAAUGUUGAUGGAAGUGACGAAGAUGGAAGAUAA